CAGUUCGAUCCAAGGAGCAUCCAAGAAUCCAAUUAAACGCAAAAUUAAAAAUCUUGGCGUUUUUGGCUGUCGCCAUAACCGCAGCAUAGUCAUUACGGUUUCAGCUUUUGUACGAGUACCGAGUCCCCAAGUGCGUGUCCUUCAAUUAGUGUCUUUUGGGCGCUAAAUUUCAUGCAUUUAUCUAGAUUGUCUAGAAGGAAAAAAGAACGUCGCGUCAAGUUUAGAUUGUCAGAAGAAUUUUACCAAGAUGAAUCUGGAGAAACAGGAUGAGCGGAAAAAGAAGUUCUCGAUUGAGAUACCGGAAAUAUUGCGACCCAUCGAACGAGUUAGUUCGGUUCGCAGUUUUUUGUAUUGGAAUAUCGUUGACGAUGCGAUCGAGGAGGGUGAGAACCGCGGUGCCGAGAUGACCGCGGGGCUCGACAGCGCCACCGCAAAUGGUGCGCCCAAAAAAAACGACGAUGGCGUAUUUACCGUAUCAGUUACAGGCGCUUACGAAAAUGAAGGAUUUAAGGGCGAUGGAGGCGACCAUAAGCCCCAUCGAGAACUCACUGACGAGGAAGCGUCGCAACAAGGCAAAUUCAAAAUGUCCACCAAGGAAAAAUGGCGAAUUCUCAAGAACGUGACAGCAAUCAGUUGCGCGUUCAUGAUCCAAUUCACUGCCUUCCAGGGCACGGCCAAUCUCCAGUCCAGUAUUAAUGCCAAAGACGGUUUAGGAACGCUUUCGCUCAGUUCCAUAUUCGCAGCUUUAGUCGUCAGCUGCAUUUUCGUACCAUCUUUCCUUAUCAAAAGGCUGACGGUGAAAUGGACUCUUUGCAUAUCCAUGUUGUGUUACGCGCCUUAUAUCGCUUCCCAAUUUUAUCCCAGGUUUUACACGUUAAUUCCUUGUGGUAUUAUUGUGGGUAUCGGAGCAGCACCCAUGUGGGCCUCAAAAGCCACAUACUUGACCCAAGUCGCCGGCGUUUAUGCAAAAUUAACGGAUCAGGCAGUGGACGCGAUUAUCGUCCGAUUUUUCGGGUUCUUCUUUUUGGCUUGGCAAACUGCCGAACUUUGGGGAAAUUUGAUCUCAUCUCUUGUACUUAGCAAUCCUCACGGAUCAGACGACGGUCACGGGACAACUGAUUACAGCCAAUGCGGAGCAAAUUUCUGCGCAUCGAUCAGCAACAGCGAAGAAAGUACCGGAGUGGCCAGUUCUGAGCUCUACGAAAUCAUGAGCAUCUAUCUAGCCUGCAUCAUUUUGGCCGUUUUGCUCAUUGUCAUGCUGGUUGAUCCUUUAUCCAGAUAUGGCGAGAAACAGAGAAGAAACAGUGGCGCCGCCGAGCUUAGCGGCAUCCAGCUUUUGUCCGCCACUUUCAUACAACUGAAAAAGCCUUAUCAGCAAUUGCUCAUUCCCAUGACUAUCUAUAUUGGUGUGGAACAGGCUUUUAUCAGCGCCGAUUUUACCCAGUCUUAUGUAUCCUGUGCUCUAGGUGUACAAAAUGUCGGUUUCGUAAUGAUCUGUUUUGGUGUGGUAAACGCCAUCUGCAGUUUGCUCUUCGGCAGCGUCAUGAAAUACGUCGGAAGAGUACCGAUCAUGAUUCUCGGCGUCUCGGUGCACUUUGGCGUCCAAAUAUUUUUGCUGCUGUGGAGACCUCAUCCAGAAAGUCCAAUUUUGUUCUUCAUGGCCUCUGGGUUGUGGGGAAUUGGCGAUGCUGUAUGGCAAACCCAAGUUAACGGUUUGUACGGUGCCCUCUUUAGAAGAAAUAAAGAAGCAGCUUUUUCCAACUACCGUUUAUGGGAAUCGGUUGGUUUUGUUGUGGCUUACGCCUAUUCGACUCAGCUUUGCGCUCGCAUGAAGCUCUACGUACAAUUAGCCUGCUUGGUAAUAGGUUUCCUUCUGUAUUGCAUUGUUGAAAUCCAUCACAUGCGCAAAAUUAGAAGGCAAAAAGAAAAAGAAAAGAGAGCUGCAGAAUUGGCGGCACAGAGACAAGCAGCUAUCGAACAAGAACCAGAAACGACAGAUGAUGAAAAGGACGACAUCGACGAUGAAAUAAUUGUCACGCAUUUGUAGACAUUCCACAUUGGACACUGUUUUUUUUUAAUGGGGGCCAGUGCAUGAUGCAAAAACGCAAAACGAGAUUUUCCCAUCGUUACACAGUCAAUUAUAGAUGAUUUUAAAAUCAGUAUUUUUCUUUUCUAGUAGAUUUUUAUUUUUAUUAGCAUUUCAUCAGUUUAUAAAAAAAUGCUAUUAUAGAAACAAUUGUAAAUAUUUUUAGUUAGUGUUUAGGUUUUAAUAAACGAAAUUAUGAAACUCAAAAUAAUAAUCUUGAAUCUGAUGUCAGCACAAAUAUUUAUAAAUAAUUAACUUUUUAUCACUGCUACAGUCUGUGAUGGAUGAAAGAAGAUUACUUACCUAUUAUUACAAAUUAAAUUUGUUGUGCCAUUUUGUUCUAUUUGGUCCCAGUUACGAUGAAACUAAUCUCAGCCUCAGCGAAUUAAAUUUACAAAAUUUACAAAAAAUUCAUUAUAGGGAUAAGAGAGAGAAAGAGGAAUUUUUUUGUUGUUACAUAGGUUUAUUUAUAAAUAUUUUAUUUUAUUUUCUGAUACCUUGUUAUAUCUUUUUUUUUUUGAGGAACCUCCUGUACAGUUAGAUAAUAUUGUUGGUAUAUUUUAAAAUGUAUUCUCAAAAAAAAAAUUGUUAAUUUACCCAACACUCAGUAUUCUCAAAGCAAUACUGUAGAAUAAUAAAGAUAUUAUUUCAAGUCAUUA